CCCUAGCCUCAGUCCCCAGCUGGCCCUGGCAGGAAGGCUGUGACCCCUCUGUCCCCAGAUCAAGUCAUGCAGCCCCGGAGGCCCAAGAGCAGAGUCACACAGGCUCCCCGAGCCUUGCUUCUGCUGUUGACCGCUUGCCUGGUGGUGAGCGCUGACCCUGUGCCCACCCUGCCAGAGGACAUCCAAGUGCAGGAGAACUUCGACGUCACCCGGAUCUACGGGAAGUGGUUCAACCUGGCCAUCGGCUCCACCUGCCCUUGGCUGAAGAGGAUCAAGGACAGGAUGAGCAUGAGCACCCUGGUGCUGGGAGAGGGGACCACGGAGGCGGAGAUCAGCACCAUCCAAACUCACUGGCGGAGAGGCGUCUGCGAGGAGAUCGCGGGGGCCUACGAGAAGACGAGCACGGCCGGCAAGUUCCUCUACCGCAAACCCAGAUGGAACGUCACCAUGGAGUCCUACGUGGUGCACACCAACUACGACGAGUACGCCAUUAUUCUGACCAAAAAAAUCAGCCGCCGCCACGGAGCCACCAUGACCGCCAAGCUCUACGGGCGAGAGCCACAGCUGAGGGACAGCCUCCUGCAGGCGUUCAGGGAGAUGGCCCUGGGAGUGGGCAUCCCCGAGGACUCCAUCUUCACAAUGGCCGACAGAGGGGAAUGUGUCCCUGGGGAGCAGGAACCAGCACCCACCCCGCUCCGGAGAGCCCGGCGGGCAGUGCUGCCCCAAGAAGAUGAAGGAUCAGGGGCUGGGCAACUAGUAAUGGGUCUCGACAGGAAGGAAGACUCCUGCCAGCUGGACCACUCAGCAGGCCCCUGCCUGGGCCUGUUUGAGAGGUAUUUCUACAACGGCUCUUCCAUGGCCUGUGAGACCUUCCAAUAUGGCGGCUGCCUGGGCAACGGCAACAACUUCGGCUCCGAGAAGGAGUGUUUGCAGACGUGCCGCACCGUGGCGGCCUGCAAUCUCCCCAUAGUCACUGGCCCCUGCAAAGCGUUCAUGCAGCUCUGGGCAUUUGAUGCCGUCCAGGGGAAGUGUGUCCUCUUCAACUAUGGGGGUUGCCACGGCAACGGCAACAAGUUCUACUCAGAGAAGGAGUGCAAGGAGUACUGCGGCGUCCCUGGCGAUGGGGAUGAGGAGCUGCUGCGCUUCUCCAACUGAUGGCCGGCCAGUCUGCAAACCAGAGGCUAGCGUCCCUCCCAAGGCAGGGGGUCUAGGGACCCAGGUCAAAUAAAACCAGAUUGCACCUUGCUG